CGUUUAAGAAAAUAAAAAGAAAUGAAUAAUAUCGCCAGUCCACCAAUUUUGUCUUCGAUUCGCAUAGAGCCCGUUGACUCUGAUGAAUACAAUCAAAGUUUGAUUGAACAACUAACACCAUAUCACAAACAAAAGCUACUUCAGUAUGUGAGAAAAGAGCGACACUUCUUGAAUGAACUUGAGUCACUUCCAGAAGUCAGUAAGCAUCUAGUCAAUGAGCUGAAUAAACAAAACCUGAAAUGUAAUCAAACCGAAUGGUUAAAUGUUUUGAAGGCAUGGAUACAUUUUGUGAGUGGUUGUUCCGAGUUGAUGACACCGGAGGAUAGAGUAUUAUCGAGAUAUAUUCAAUCUAAGAAACCCGUACGAAGAAACUCAAAAUCAAUCCAGGACUUAUCCACCCAUUGCCGUAUUUGUUUGGCGUCAAGUAGUUCGAAAAUGAUAUUUCUCUUUGACGCUGAAAACGAGAUCCUUCAAAGCCGUGAAGAGGUAUCACUGCUAGAGAAAUUGAAUUAUUGUUCGUGUUUCGCAACAAAAGCAUCGGCUGAUGAUCAACUACCCCAGUAUAUUUGCAUGAGUUGUUCAAUUCUCCUUGAGAAUGCCUAUCAAUUGAAGGUAUUAUGCCGUAAGACGGAAGAAACAUUUCGAGAUCUCAUCCAUCAAUACGAUUUGUGUGAUAUUGACUUCCAAUAUGAAAAUAUCGGGGACACAGAACAGGGGAAAGACAUUGUUACCACUUCUAUAGCAGAGGAAAAAGAAGAAGUUACAUUUUUUGAGUCGAAAACGGGUCACGAUCAAGGUCUCGAUAUAUUGGAAACCUACGAAGAAGUCCAUACAAAUCCAAUGGGAAAGUUUCGAUGCGAUAUAUGCAGCGCUGUACUUUCGAGUAAACAAAGUAUACGUGAUCACAUGAGGCAAAAUCACAAGAAAGCACAGAGAGGAAAGAAGUCAUAUCAGUGUCCUGAAUGCGAUAAAUGGUUUCGUGUAAAAUGUUCGCUGACAAUUCAUUUGAGAACGCAUACAAAUGAACGCCCUUAUAAAUGUGAGAUUUGUGCAAAAUCCUUCAAAACAUCCAGUGCUAUGAGCAAUCAUCGCGUCAUUCAUACUGACGCAAAGGACUUUCAAUGUUCAAAUUGUACAUUUAUCACGAAUACAAAGGCCAAUUUGAGAAUACACGAACGUACACACAGUGGUGUGCAACCGUAUACAUGUCAACAUUGUCCGAUGAAAUUUCGAACUGCAAGCAAUGUGGUCAAACACACGCGAAACAUUCACGAAAAACAAAAAACAAACAAAUGUGAAAAAUGCAGUCGAUCGUUUUUUACGCGAGAAUCACUUAAGAAACAUAGUAUAAUUCAUACGGGAUUGAAACCAUUUUAUUGUCCUCAAAAAGAAUGCUCGUGUGUAUAUUCGUGGUACAAUGGACUCAAGAAACAUAUGUGGCUUCAACACUCUGAUGAAAACGUCAAACUUCCCAGCGAAAAAUUUUACUUUGAUAAACUAAGCGGCAUUUUACAUUGAUAUCUGAUAGAUAAUGAACAUGUUGAAAUAAAACGUUAUCGAUAAAAUGCAA